UCCAGUCCGGGUUUUGGGGCAGGGGACGAGCGGGCUGCCUGCAAGGAGAGGCGAGUAAAGCAGGAACGCACCGCUGCCGACAGCUGGGGCAGAGCAGAGGGGACGGGCAGGGCAGGGCAGGCCCGCGCCGAGGCGGGGAAGCCGCGGGACUGGGGAGUCAGUGCCCCCCGCCCCCGAGCCGAUUGCACCCGCCUGUCCCAUGGCUGCAGCGCGCCCAUUGCGCCGCCCCGCUGCCCCCUCCAGCCGCUGUGUCCCGCUGUGAGCGCCGCCGGGUGUCUAUGAGUGGCCGGCGCGGGGCCGCCGCCCUGAGCUGAGGCGCGCCCCGGGCUCCGUAUCAUGCAGGCGCGGCGCUUGGCCAAGCGAUCCAGCCUGGGCAGCCGGCGGCGAAGCGUGCCGCUGGCAGCGCCCGCCCCGGACGGGGGCCGGGUCCCCAAGCCCGAGAGCGGCUGCUGGAGGCCGCCCCGCCGAGAGGGCUCUGCCGCGGCGCUGGAGGAGGAGGAGGACGAGGACGUGGUGGUGGAGGUGGAGGAGGAGGAGGAGGAUGAAGAGGAAGGCGGCUUGGGGAGCCCGCCCGCGCCGCUGCCCAUCCCCGCCAAGGGAAGCCUGAAGGCAGGCAGCAUUAGGCGUGAAACGACCUUCACUACAUUUCAACAGGAUGACCUAAAAAGUGACAUCAGUCAAAAAUUACCAGACCAACAGUUUCUCCUGUUGGCCAUGAGGGAGGAAGAUUUAAAAACUGCGGACACCAAAAAAACAAACAGAAUUCAUGAGCACGAAAAAGAAAACACUCGUUCUGUCUGUCUUCUUGAACAGAAACGUAAGGUUGUUUCUUCAAAUAUUGAUGUGCCUCCAGCAAGAAAAUCUUCGGAAGAACUGGACAUGGAUAAAGUGACAGCAGCUAUGGUACUAACCAGUUUAUCCACCAGCCCUUUGGUUCACAGCCCUCCUGUACGGCCCAAUGAAUCCUUGAACGGAUCUUGGAAAGAAGGAGGAUUUGUGCCUUCUAGUACCAGCAGUAGUGGAUACUGGAGCUGGAGUGCACCCAGUGAUCAGUCCAAUCCAUCCACCCCAUCUCCGCCUCUGUCUGCUGACAGCUUCAAACCCUUUCGAAUGCCCUCUCAGCCUGAUGAUAGUAUUGAUGAAGCCGAAACCAGCAAUCUCCUUUUUGAUGAGCCCAUCCCUAGGAAGAGAAAGAACUCCAUGAAGGUAAUGUUCAAAUGCCUAUGGAAAAACUGUGGAAAGGUACUGAGCACAGCUGCAGGGAUUCAGAAACACAUCCGGACCAUUCAUCUUGGACGUGUAGGAGAGUCUGACUACAGUGAUGGAGAGGAAGAUUUUUACUAUACAGAGAUCAGGCUCAACACAGACUCAGUAGCGGAUGGCUUAAGCAGCCUUUCUCCAGUCUCUCCAUCUCUAGGAUCUCCUCCUCCUUUUCCCACCCAAGAUGCAAACCGUCCUGAAACUUCAUGUGCCAAAACUGAGACUAAAUUGAUGACACCUUUGAGCCGCUCAGCUCCUACCAAUCUCUACCUCGUACACACAGAUCAUGCUUACCAGGCUACUCCUCCAGUGAACAUUCCAGGGUCAACAAAGUUCACUCCAAAUGGCCGUAGCUUUAGCAUCUCUUGGCAGUCCCCUCCAGUUACCUUCACGGGCAUUCCGGUCUCACCAACUCAUAAUCGUCCUGCAGGGACUGGAGAGCCGAAACAACAGACCCACACAGUUCUCUCAUCACCGCCCAGAGUGUCAUUUGGCUUAAGGAAACCUAGAGGGGAGGGGAAAAAAUGCCGAAAAGUGUAUGGGAUGGAGAACCGAGAUAUGUGGUGCACUGCCUGCCGUUGGAAGAAAGCCUGCCAAAGGUUCAUCGACUAAAGACUGGAAGUGUGGAGGACCCGGGGGAUGGGGAGUACAAUAGCAGGAUCCUGUUCCUGGAGCUGCCCCUGCCUACCCUCCAGUGCUGCCUUUUAAACAGACUUGUAUUUCAAAAUAAAGCACUUGUAGCCAAGGAGAAGCACUUAGCAAAACCAGUGUGGAGCAAUAGAGCAAAAAAAAAGUCUUAUCAAAUAUUGAACCCAGAGCAGCUAUUAAUGUUUUUCUUAAAUAACUUGUUGCUAACUUCUGUGAACUACUUGCUCCCCGUGACUGUUCUUUAACCGUGUCAAUGUCUAUGCUGUGAACGUCUGUAUCAGUUGAACAAAGCACCGCGUCUUGCCCUGAAGUGAAGAUUUCUUUUUAAAAGCUUAAAUUCACACUUUAAGACAUAAGCUACAGUUCACUCAACAGCAGCUGUACCAAGAGUGGAGUCUGUUAAAUAAUUCUGCUGAUGUGAAUAAUCUUGGUUGGAUUCCUCAUUUUCGGGUGUUUUUUUGAGGAAUUCAAAUCUUGAUAUGUCAGAAGGACAAGCAACAGCACUCCUGGAUGAUUUUUUAAAAGCAGUCACAAACCAGAACAAGAGUGGCGGUACAUUUUAAAUUAGAUUGUAAUACUCCAGAGAAGGAAAAAAUGAAAAAAGGAAACACCAGCAGAUCUCAGCCACAAGUAAGUCCAAGAUUUGAGGGAAACCGUUUCAAUGAUCAUUGAAACAUACAGGAAUAUAAUUUGGGUUCCAGUAUCUUUUCUUAUCACCAGUCCCUUUUCCUAGCAAUGACCAUCUUAUGCUGAUGAACCCUAUUAAGAACUGGUAAAUGCAGCCUUUUGGAUUCUAUGUAAUAUCUAUUCAGGGAUGUGAGCCAACCCAGCAGUUCAGCUCUUGCUUUCUUUUCUCUUGUGUAUAUAAGAUGGUUACUAAAUUAAUGGCUCACUCAUUCUUUCCAUUAGCAAUGCCAAAUUUUAUUUGUGCAAAAAAAUGUAUAGAAAACAAAACCCCCCAAGAAGUGCUCCCACCGCAUCAUCCCAGCAAGUGGAGUGUGACAGCAGUGGAGCAACAUAUGUAUAUGUUAAGUGAAGUCCUUUUUUAUUUAGGAAAAAAAAAGUCACUGAGGUCAGAAAUAGUCAACUUCCAUGCAGACGGCACUUUGAUGGAUGUGUGGGCUUUGGUGUAUUUAGUUCUUCAGUCUGUUAGAGGGUAUAAAUGUAGAAUGCUGAUGUUUCAUCCCUAGAUAGAUGGAGUUAUUUAUUUUCAUACUAAAAUAACUACUGAUGUAUAAAGUAAGGCGGAAAUGCCACAUGAAUGCGCAUCACCAACUCCUGCCUGUUUAAAAAGAAAAACAACAAAAAAACCCCAUAGGUAUAGGCACCUAUCAUAUUAACAGGGCUAUACAGACCCACUACCAGCUGGGCUUGUUUUUCAUGGAGUCUGAUAAACUGGAUCACAUAACUCUCAUGACAGCAUUACUUAACUUGCAUUGCUGCCUAUGCCCAUUUAAAGAACAAAAGCACACACGUUUGAACAUAGUAUAGCGCGUAGUGUUAAAGAAAAGGCAAUACGUGUUUGAAUGGAAAGAACAAAAGAAUAAUAAGAGCCUGUUUUUUUAAACAAAUUUGCUGUGUUGCAUGCCUAAUUUGAGCAUGUUAUUUCUGCAACAGUGUUUACAAAUCACGCAAUUUUCAUGCACAAAUGGCUAGUGAAAGUCACUUGCGUGCAUACAGUUACCUGAUUUUUAUGCACAGUUGUGCACCUAACUUGUUUAGAAAAAUUAGACCCUAAAAUCCAGCAAGGAUAAUAAAACAAAACAUGAAAUAAAUUAACAGAAGGUAAAGAUUGGCAGAUAUACAGCGCCAUCUGCACUCUAUUGUUUGCACUUCCUUAUCUUUUGGUGAAGUCAUAGGUCAUGGCUUUUCCUUCUGUGAUUUUUCUUUUUUUUUUUCCCCCAAAGAUUUAUUUAGGGAAAUACCUCUUAGCAAUUUGUAACUGGUUUCUAGUUACUUCCUUUUAAAUGCUGACAUUGUUGUCAGUGCCUUUACUAUGGUGGGACACAGAAUGUGGAGCUUGCUCCACUGAUAUCCCUCCUUAUUUCUAAAAGCCUCUCAAGAGGCUUAUAAAACAAUAUUGACCACUGUUGACCCCAUAUUCAUUACUUAUCCUCAUCAUUGUUCCCUUUUCUUUGUAUUCCCCUUCUCCCUUAUUUACUCAGAUCUCUUGAAUUUUAAAGCGGAUUUUAAAAUAUAUUAUUGUAAUUGGUUUGUAAAAUGUUGUACACCAUCAUGAGCACCUUGGCAGGGGGCACUUCAUAAAUGAACAUAUUAAUUAGAUCAUCAAAUUUCCACAACAUGGGGCAAAUUCUGGUUGGCCCCAGGAACCAGGUACAGCACUUGUCCCAGCUUUAAUACUGGAGGAAAGUGAGUUAGAGAAAAGGCACAGACCUUAUUAAUUGCAUGCAUACUCCGCUCACUCUGCUCUGGCUUGUAGAAAGAUCUACUGGGCAUGCUCAGAGGCUUAAUAUAAACGUUAGCGAAGCCAUUCCCAUAACGUAAUUCACAUAGCCACUCCCGUACUGCUAACUUUAUAUCUAUUCUUAGAAAGAUAGGCACACAAAUAGACCACCAAAGCAUUGUUAUUGUCCACCUCUGGCCAGAGUUACUCUUUCAUUCUGUUCUUGAUAAGAAUAAGAUUAUUUACAAAUGCCAUGAAUCGGCCACUGCCUGGCCAAAGUGCUUGGCACAUAUGUCUGUAUGGACUGCUUCCCUACACUGUUUAACCACACCAAGUCAUGCUUCUCUGGAGGGUCUGUCAGGUGACCCCUGAUUUUUCAGAGGAGUCAGAAUCUGGUGAUCGGUUUCCAUCAUGCAUUCUCACAGUUGGCCAUGGGUUCUUUGGUACACACACACACACACACACACCCCACUAGCAACCAGAACUUGACCCUUAAAAUAGAAAUAUUGAAGGAUAUAUAUAAAAUUCUUUUAAUCGCUUAGUAGAAAUGAUGCUGGUGACAGAAGUUGGUACCACAUGAUCUUAUCAGACUUUUAUAUUGACAGAUAUACCACUGGGUCCUAAUUUUUGCUGAAGUGACUUUCCUGCUACAGCAAAACAAAUGUCUUUUUGGGAAAAAGCCUGAAAAAUGAAAUUUCAAGCAAAAGGGAAACAUUUUAGAUAAGCAUUUUAAACAUGAUUAGCUUGUCUCUAUUCCUGCAUAAAAUGCCAAAUAUGGAAAAUAUAUAAAAUUCAGAUAAUCUUAUUCACACAGCCGUUUCCAUCCAGGUCAAUGGAUCUGAUUCUGCACUGCCUUGCACCUUGUGUAGUCCUUUACAGGUAUGCAAAGUAAGCAAAACUUCCAUUCUGAUUUGCAUAUUUACACCUGCUUUUCAUAGGUGUCAACUGCUAUUCAAGUUGGUGCAAACAUGCCCAGUGGGUCUAUCUGUGUGAAUAAGGUGAGCAGGCUUCACACAUGGUCAGACUCGAGGGCUGGAGAUUUUAUGCAGUGCAAUCAUCUAACUGGGAUAUCUGAAUACUGAUUGUCUAGUGAUCAAUCAGUUCCCUGCUCCCCCUCCAGCUGUUUUGUUAGCAAUAAGCAAUGAUACAACAAGAAGACAGAGAUCUUUAUGGAACAUGUAUAUAGGCCAGUGUUACAUGCUGAGACCUCUGUGUUUUUCCAGUAUUAGGCUGGCUACCAGCUUGCAUAUGUGAGCUCCAGGUAUCAGUCCAAACUGGGUCUCCUCCUGAAACCUGAGCCUGUUUCUUUCUCCAGUCCCACUCACUGAUAUUACACCCCCAAGUUUUCCCUGAGAGCAACACACUACAUAGCAGUAUGGUGUCAUUCUUGCCAUAUCUCCAUUGCCCGUGUUCUGGUCAGGGACUAUCUAGAGCAGGUUUCAGAGUAGCAGCCGGGUUAGUCUGUAUCCGCAAAAAGAACAGAAGUACUUGUGGCACCUUAGAAGCUAACAAAUGUAUUAGAACGUAAGCUUUUGUGGGCUACAGCCCACUUCAUCAGAUGCAUAGAAUGGAACAUAUAGUAACCAGAGCAGGGGCUCUCAAACUGGGGGUCAUGAACCCUCAGGGGGUCGAAGGUUAUUACAUGGGGGAUCACGACCUGUCAGCCUCCACCCCAAACCCCACUUUGCCUCCAGCAUUUAUAAUGGAGUUAAAUAUAUAAAAACGUGUUUUUAAUUUAUAAGGGGGGGUUGCACUUAGAGGCUGUGUGUGUGAAAGGGGUCACCAGUACAGAAGUUUGAGAACCCCUGAUCUAGAAGCCUGGAGUUCUGGUGGAUUAAAUGUACAGAUGUAACCUAGAGGGCUUCCCUGCAGGUCCAUUGCUCUCCCAUAGAGUACAUUAAGAGAGCUGCUCAAGAGCCUGGGAGAGGGAUGUGAAAUUAGAAGUCUCCUGACCAGUUGGGAAGGCUUAACAGGUUAUGAGGGCUUGUCCCCACUCUUGAUUGGACCAAACUGCACAGCAGUCAUCACUAAAAUCAAAUUAUACUGCUCUUCACUAUAAACAGUGGUGGUUGGAAAGAGGUUACUAAAAUGACAUCUUGUUUUCUAUUUCCACUUCACUGAACUCACCUAGAGGUAGCACUGCUGGAACUGAAAUCUGAAGAAACUAAUGGAGUUAAUCCUAGACUGCCAGGACUUAUCUUGUACAUAGUUACUGUCUGUUCUAAAAGCUGUUAUAAAACCCUUCUGGAAUCCCACAACAACAAAAUCUCCACUACAAUAAUGUUUUAUACCACCUUCAGCAAAACAACAGAAAACUAGUCAAGGUGACAGUUUAGGUGCAGAAGGUAGAUGCUAAAUUAAGCCACUUGUGGUGUCAAGAUCCUUGUGCUUCAAAAACCUUUUAAGGUUGCAAAAAGUGGUGUCUUGAAUUGUGGUUGAUAGAAUCUGCUUCCAGUAUUCCCCAUCUGAUACUACAGUACUGUUUACAUAGACUUCUUUAUCAAAUUUCCAUCAUACACAAGAUACAAGGAUUUUUCUGUGACAUUCAGCAGGACAAUUUCUUUCACUAUCUGAAAAUCAAGCUUUGUUCUUUCUGCUUCAUACAGUAUAUCAUCUCUAACCAAUCCAGAAAGAUUCUACAGUCAGAAGGUAGCUGGCACUAUUUUUGAUGAUGCACAGGCUGAAGAAGAAUACAGCUCACUCAUCCAUACCCUUGUUUACUCCACAUUGCUGACAGUAGUAAGAACUUGUUUUUGUCAAUAAACUUGUCAGAUAAUACAUAAGGGAAUAGACAAAUGCAGUAAGAAGCCACAGUUCAAUAGAACUGCUUUGCUAACCUUAACCAAUUUUAAGAAAAAAAAAUUCUGAUAAAACCUUUGCAUCCAAGUUUGAGAUGACUAUUGUAUGUUUCCCUGAGAGAAAUAAAGAAAUAAUUAUAAUAUGAAAAACAAAUUAGCAGUAGAAAUAAAUUUAGCUUUCCUAUUAUAUGGGACUACUCACAUAAAUCAGGAUUUCAAGAUUUUGUCUGAAUUCUUAAAAUCUAACCCAGUGCUACAAAGGAGCUCCUAAAUUACAUUUGUAAAUUCUCAAUGUUCAUCAUGUUUCCCCUCUAGGAAAUGUCAGAAUUUUAUCUUUCAUUGUACACUACUCUACUGUAGAAGAUAGAGAUAUCCCUGAUUCUGAAUCUGUAUCCAGUCAUGUUAAGGAAGAGUUCUCCUUGCCAAUUAGUUAUUUCAGUAGCAAAUAGUAGUGCAGCAUUUGGUAUGUAAUGUUCAGAUAAACAGAAGUUACAAAGUUACUAAGAAGUUUCUCUAUAGAAAAAUACCUUGCGAAAAAUAAUGAAAUGACGUAAAUAAUGUGGAUUUCCUCAGGGAAAAUAAAGGGGCAGUAGAUGCAAAAAAAAAUAGGUCUGUUUGAACCUUCAAUUACUAAGAAUUUUAAUAUGUAUUUUAUUUUAUUUUUCUGGACAGAAUUAUUUAAUGAAAUAAGGACUAUAUUGCCAUUUGAAUUAUUAAAAUCAGAAAUGAGUGUUUUUGUGAACAUGACCUUUUCUUGCCAACACAGAGUAUUUAAGCCUGUGUAUGCUUCAAAUAGUAAAAGGAAAGGAGUUUUAGCUGAUGUAAAGUUAUGGGAAUGGAGUUUGAAACAUGACCUGAUACAACAGGUGGUCUACAUAUUUGUAUAAAGCUUUCUAGAAUGUAAUGUAAACAUGAAGUCUUGUCGUUGUACAAUCACCCAGUUAAACAUGCAUUAUCUAUAACUGGGUUACUGUUUCUUUAAGUGGCUCACAACAAAAAUGUAUACUUUGUAGCAUGCUAUCCUGCAACUACUAAGUACUAUGGUUUGCAAGGUGCUAAUUUCCUUAUGGUGCACAAGAUAUUUUUAAACUAGAUACUUUUCAUAUCUACUAGAGUACAAGCUUAAAUGAAACUCAAGAUCAUGCAUGCAAAGAAGAAAAUGCAUUGUAUUGAAAUGCACACAGUUCUCAAACUUCUCAAUUUCUACAUGAAGAAAUGACCCCCUUUUUUUUUUAGUUCUGUUGUAAUAUCUCCUUAUCAGAAUCUCUUUACAGAAUUAACAUCAUGACCAGGGAUCCAACUGGGCAGACAUACGCUCAAGUGAGUAAAAUCAUGCAUGUGCAUAAAUAUCUGAACAUUUUAAUAAAGUUUUUAGCUUGAAGUAAUUCUCAUGCUGACACACUGUUAAUGAUAGUGACUGAUCUUUCUCUCUGAGUGUAGGUACAGUAAAUCUGCAAAGCAGGGCACAGUCAAAGUUUACUAGAGGUUGAAGAGAUGUAUUUCAGUAGCAGAAAAGCACUUAUGCAAAGCACAUGAGAGUCUCACCAAUGGGAUUACUCAUAUGCUUAAAGUCUAAAUUUGUUUCCAUGCUUUGCUGACUCAGGACCAAGGAGAGACAGCUUUUUCUUAUAUAGUCUUGUUUUGAAAUAUAUUGCAAGACAACCUGGCCAUUUGUAAUUUUGUGCUAUUUGUUACAGAUUCAGAAUACUUUUACACUAAGAAAAGUCUCAUGCAGAGAACUGGCGCUUUUUUUUUUUUUUAGACAUUGUUUGGAAUUCCAAAGUUGCCCUGUCACUAUCAAACUCAAAGAAAGCCUGUCAGCACACGCACAUGACACAUAUAGGUCACUCACAUUAUGACAUACAGUUUGAUCUCCGCAUUGCCUAUGCGCUCAACACACCCAUUGACUUCAAUAGGAAUUCUGGGUGCACAGGAAACAAAGGAUCGGGCCCAUAGUUCUUAAUUUGUCAGUUCACCUAAAAACUUUCAAAAUGCAACUAUUUUGUAUCAUCAUGAUUGAUGUUGUUCUGUGUAAGUUUUAGUGUUUCUAAAAAGAUACUGGAAAGAAAUCAGACAGCAGCCUUCUUUAUACGAUGCAAUACUUGCUUACUAAACAAAGGGCUAAACUAUAGAAACAAGUGCUCGAAAGCAUGCUCUUGAAAGCUAACUUACCAUCAAUAACAAUAGGUUAGUACAGGCAAAACUUCAGAGCUGUAACAGUGCUGGCAUCAAUUUACUAAAAACUGUGAAACAAAACUCAGAUUCCAUGAAUGAACCAAAAGGGUUGCUGCUUUAUACACCAACAGCACACACACUGUAACAAAGCAGAAGAAAUAAUCCCGAACACCUGGGAGGAAGUUAGAAAUAGUGCCUAUCAAGUCUUUCUGAAAGGAAAAAUGUUGCCUUUGGUAGCAUAGAGAUAGUUUAGUCUGAAAUUAACAUUUCAAUGUCAUGAAGACAAGCCUACUUCACGGACAUGAAUUCCAUGUUAUGAAAAGAGAUUUUGUUUGGUCUCUUGAGGUUUUUAGUAUAUUUAUAGUCUCAGUUGUAAAGUUCUUAAAAUUGUCAACUAUUUAGCUUGAAGGUGUAGUACAUUUUGACAACGAUUUCUGAAAUGAUUUCUGAAACACUGUGUCAUACCAGUUUGAGCCUGAUCCUACAAGGUGAUCUGCUCAGACUUCAGGACCCUGUGCUAGAAAGGUUCUCACAGAAGGAUCAUUUGCAAGAACAUUGUUCACAGGUAGAAACGCUUCUUAUAGCUGGGGAAAUCAAAAGACAAGCCUUACAGAUGUUCUGGUAUUAUGUUAUACACAGCUUUCACUAAGUUUAUUAAAGGGGCUUUGUCAUGUGGGUUAAAACCCACAAUUUAGAGGUUAUGGGGGAGGGCCAUUUAAACCAAACAAAACUGUUUUAGAAUUUUAAAUGGCAGUUUAAAUUAUUUGUUUUAAUUAGAUUUACAAAUCCCCUGCAGAGCUAGCAACUCAUACAUUGCAGCACUGAGUGCUGGAAAGUCAAACUGAUUCUGUAUUUCACUGUUUAAAUAAUGAAAUAUAUGAAAGUAAAAAAUUAAACUUUUAAAAUCUAAUUUUACUGAUUUAGUAAUCACAGGUAGCAGUUACGGAGGGAAUGUUAAUUGUUUAAAAAAAGAACAGCUCUGGAGCCAGAUGCUGGGUGCUGCUCUUGCAGUAUAGAGCAACCAUAAAGCCAGUGGAUCUGGAUCCUGUGAAUUCUCUCUGGCCAGGGAAUCUUUGAGGGCCAUAGAGCCACCACAGCAGUUCCUGUGCCAACCCUCCUCCCCCGCCCCCCAUCUGCUUCCUGAUAUAGAAGGGAUGCAGCCAAGGGAGGGAUGUCAUGGCCAGGUUUUCCUACACCCCCAUCAAACCCUGGCUGACAGAAUCCCUCACCUAAGUAGCACCACCGGCGUCAGAGACUGUCUGCAUGAGUUCAAUGAGCAGGAGUUGCACCAAGGUUUUGUGCUUUUUUGUUGAGGACCAAAAACAAAUGCAUCUGAAAAUGUCUGGCCUGAAAACUAAUGAAAUCCAACCAGACUGGAGAAGUAUUCUCCCUGCCUAAGAACUGCCACUUUACCAAAAACUGUGCCAGCCUUUAUCUUAGAUGGUGUUUAUAGUCUUCACAAGCUCCUGCCAGACAAAAAACCCUAUGACGGCCUCAAGCAUCCGAUAUUGCCUAGUGGGUCCAAAUGAUAUUAGCGGUGCUGCUAACACCACACAAUCAUCUAUCCACUUACCAAAUAGUAUUCUUCCAGCUUUUCCCAGUUAUGCCAAAAACCAUUCAAGUACUGAAGUAAUUCAUGGGAAACUCCUGUCUUCCCACACUGAAAAUAUUCCUUAAGUGUGGUACCACCAUCAGCACGUGAGCAUAUUUUAUUAUAAAGCCACAUCUAACCCCCACUUAAAAGCGCUGGGGAAUUGCCAUUUUGUCUGCUUCAAAGUCUCUCUGCUCCCUCAACAAAGCUCUGGGCCUGGCACUAUUAAUUGAUCUAGGAGUCCUAGUGAGCAGCUUCAUCUAAAGUCAGUGGCAGCAUCACUCCAAGAGAAAGUAGAAUUCAGGGUGGACAAAGUAACAGCCUCAAAUCAUCAAGUGCAGACUCCUCAUGUGGAUGUGCAGGAGAAUAGCCCUUGUCUUACUGAGUGCCGUCAUGUAUCACAUUUCCUUAACAGCAAGAAAGACAAAUUCUCCCAUCCUCCAAUUAAUAUAUUUGCCUCACUCUGAGAAUCCCAUAGUUAACUGAAUAUUAAGACAAGCAGCAAUUUCUUAAACAGGAUGUUUCCUUGCUUCACAUUUAAAGAAACAUGAUUAACUUUCCCCUAGAAGAAAACCAAGAUAAUGGGCAGACUCAGUUACAGAGGUACUACUUGAGGGAGGCUUGAGCCAAGAAGUUAAGAUCUUAAUCCAAAUAUCCUCAGAACUGGAGCAUGCUGGGAUUUAAGUGUUCUGUUUGGGCCCAUCUCUACUUGUUCUUGCGCAAGAGCGGUGACCAACGCCUUGGAGAGGGUAUAAUACAGGGGCUCUCAACCUUUUCCUUUCUGAACUCCCCUACCCCCAUAUGCUGUAAAAACUCCACACCCCACCUGUGCCAUAACAACUGUUUUUCAGCACAUAAAAGCCAGGGCCAGUGUGAGGGUUGGCAAGUGGGGCCCUCACGAAGCUAAGUUGCUCAGGCAUCAGGUGGCAAGGUUCAGGGCCCCGGGCUUCAGUCCUGCGCGACAGGGCUUUGGCUUUCUGCGCUGGGCCCCAGUGAGUCUAAGGCCAGCCCAGCUUGGUGAACCCCCUGAAACCUGCUCAUGGCCCCCCAGGAGGCACCAGACCCCUGGUUGAGAACUGCUGGUAUAGUAGACCUUAUGCACUUUGUACCUUACAGUAUGCAGCAUGACAAUCUAAUCUAGUCUGGUUACAUCUGGAUAACACUUCUCUAUCCAGAUACUUGUGGCCUCCUCACUGUAAACUGAGUACAGAUUCUUUUCUGCUGCCAAAAUAUUGUGCUAUUCUCAAAUCGCUUUUAAGUAGAAGAUUCUGUCAGUGAUCAACACCACUUGUAUUUACUGUUUUUAUCACAUACUAGUCAAGAAACUUGCCAGAAGAGAUUAUUCAUUAGCUUAGGUCAUUUUCCCCCCUCUAAAGUACCUUAAAGCAAAUGUGAUUUGCAUAUUUAUUAAACUGCAUUACUUAUUUGUAUACAUGUACAUUUUUAAGUAACUGUUGUAAAUUAAUUCAUGAAAAUGAGCCUUUCAUGGACACCAUUAAGAUGAUUCUUUCUACAGAGUAGGUCAGUCAAAACAACUACUGCUGGUUAUUAUUUUAAAAUAAGAUUAAUAUAGCAAUAAUUAGUGCUAGCAUUUCUUGGGGAUGCAGGGAGAGAAGCACAUAUUGCACAUUCUCAAGUUCAUAUGAAACAGGGCAUUUUCUCUAGAGCCAAGAGAUCCGACACUAGUGUCUAUCUUCAGUACACAACUGCAGCAUAUUUUGCUUGUCAGCUGCACAAUUCAUGUUUUUACAAAACACUAUUAUAUUACAUUACAGGGCUUUGGUCCAAUCACGCAGUCUCUUCUCAAGAGAAUAGUUCCUACUCAUGUGAACAGCCUCACUGAGGACAAUAGAACUACUCAUGCAAGUAGGGACUAUUAGAGUAAGGGUUGCAAGAUGAGGGCCCUUAGUUUUCACUUGACAUCAAUGGCUAUUAGCCAGGAUGGGCAGGGAUGGUGUCCCUAGCCUCUGAUUGCCAGAAGCUGGGAAUGGGCGACAGGGGAUGGAUCACUUGAUGAUUGCCUGUUCUGUUCAUUCCCCCUGGGGCACCUGGCAUCAGAAAACAGGAUACUGGGCUACAUGGACCUGUGGUCUGACCCAGUAUGGCUGUUCUUAUGUUCACACAUUCCUCCAGAAGUUUUUAAAAAAAACAAAAACACAACAAAAACAAGCUUAUGCCAAAAAGCUGGCUAAGUAGAACUGUGGAGUCUCUUCCCCAUUACUCUAGAAAACAGGAUUUUGCUAUCAGUAUUUAUGAGAGGAAGGAUGGUCUUGAGAAUAGGUGCUGGACUGGGGAUUUAAGAGAUCUUGGCUCAAUUUUGAUUUCUUGUGUGACUUUGGGCAAGUCACUUAAUAGCUUUUUGCCGCUGGUGGGGAUGACAAUACUACGUUGCUUACCAUUUGUCUGUCCUGGCUAUUUAGACUGUAACCUCUUUAGGACAGGGCCUGACUCUUAUCUGUGUUUGUACAAUGUUCAGCACAAUGGGGCCUAAUCUUUAAUCCUUCUACUAGUAAGAGUUAAUUUGAUUUGGGGGGCAUGUGUGGGGAGAGAGAAGUGGGGACAGGUCAGUGGUUAGCCAAAUAAUCUUACGUAAAAUGAGACGUAGGACCACAGCCUCAGCUGUGCCAGGGUUCUAUUUGUUAUGGCUUUGAUGAGCAUCAAGGGUAGCUUUGAACUACCUUUGUACUCCCCUGACUGCAGGGGCUGCCAGGAGCCAGUUUUUGGCCCAUGGUAUAAUGCAAGGAAGUCUGAGGUUCCUCUAAAUUUUGCCAGUUUGUAACAGCCCCUGAGUCCAUUCAUGUUGGUGGGGAAUUACGGGAAUGGAGCAAGCUAUGGCCACUGGGGCUGGUGGAGGUGACACAGAGCUAGCUACACUGACUCUGUGCCCAUCUGGGAUUUCCUAUGCUGAGGGGAAUCCUCAGCUGGCUUGUUAGUGCAGCAUUCUAAUCCCUUUGCACCAUUAGAACAGCAUAAAAAGGGGCAAAAGGGUAGUCCAUAAUGGAUUGGAUCUAGUCCAUAAUGUCAUUAAGAAACAAAUCUGUCCUAACCAACGUCAAAUUGCACUAAAUUUCAUAACAUCCCACAAAUAUGAAGAAGCACUUAUACAAUUUUGACCUUUUCCUGUAAUAAAGGAGUCAUUUUAAUGCACAGAAAGAGAAUAUCAAUAUUAUAGACUGUGUAUGGCUUUAGUGUAAGACAAAAGGCCAAGUAUUAGUCAGAAUUGGCCCAAUCUUGCCACCAUAUGUAGGCAAAGUGCCUAAUAAAAUCAGUGAGUAUUUUGCUUGCAUUGGGACUGCAGGAUUCAGGUCCUAUGUCCUUAUGAUUGUUUUCCUACAAUAGGGAAAUUCAAACUCCGUUCAGUGUUUCUCAUCUAUUUCCUGCCAAAUGUUGCUUUGGAGACUAUAAAGUAAUUUUGAAAUUUUAAAAACAUUUCAAGAAGCAAUUCAGUCUUUUUUUUUUUAAACUAUAUUUUUAAAAAUUAUUUUCUCUUCCACUCUGUGCAAAAGAAGUGAUCUUUAAUUAGAGUUACUCAGCAUUGCACUUUUGUAUAUAUUUUUCCUACUUGUUACGCCAUGUAUUUUUUUAUAUUAAAUAAUUAAGAGCAAUGGGUUUUUUAAAAUCUUUAUUAUUACUACCAGCAUCUUGCAGAGCUUUGACCUAUAAUUUUUAGAAAUUGAUCCUGAAAUAUGGAGAAAUCUGAUACUAAGAAAUUUUUAUUAAAUUGGCAAAAAUGUAUACUCUCUGGAUCAGAAGAGUUGCUUUUUAAUGGUAUAUACACAAAAAUACUGUAGCUUCUGAAAUUAAUUGGCACUUGGUAGAUUCAGUACACAAAUGGGAUACUACAGCUUUAAAAAGGCAAAUCUCCUAGCAGGUAGAAAAGGUGUAGCCCUGGAACUUGUACAUAUACAGAACUUGCACUGGUUAAGUAAACUGUAUUUUUUAAUUGGUUUGGUUGAACUCCUUUGUGAUCAGUCUUUAAAUCCAUUUAAACCUGGUUUAUAAAACUGUCCACUCUGGAGUUGACACCAGUUUAGCUGAAUUGAUUUAAAAACACACCCUUAGGUAAACCGGUGCAAGUCUCUAUGGAUUCGGCCCUGAUUAUUAAAGGGAAGCUGCAAAUCUUUACUCAUGCAAGUAUAAGUAAGAUCACAGAAGCCACUGACUACUCAUGCUAGUAAAUGUUUGCAGGAUCAGCCUCUAAAGGCUAUAUCCUCCAUCACUCCCCACGUGGAAUGCUCUUUGCAUUAAAAAAAAUAUAUAUCUGCCCCUAAACCUACAUCCAGAUGGCUUUAAGGUCCCCCCUCCCCAUUUUUUGUCUUUCAAGAUGAGCACCUGUUGAUUUAAAAAGCAAGCAAAGACCAUCAGAGCCUCCUGUAGGUGUUGUAGAACACACUGAAAAUAAACACUAUGUCUAAUUGUUUACCUCACCCAAAUUGUGUUUAUUUCAAAUUUCCAAAUCAUCCCUUGUACUUCAGAGCACUAGAAUCUACAGUGACUGGAAGCCAGAGCAAACUGGCUGGCGAAAAAGAAAAAAAACCUCUUUAUUUUGCCUCCUCCUUUUUCUGCCAAGGGCAGAUCCUUUCUAGGUUACCCUCCCAUAACACAAACACAACUGGCUGAGGUACUGUGGGAUCAGCCUAGGAUCUGAAGGUUUUGAGAUUACAGCAUGGAAGCAGAAGGAAUCUGAACCCCUAAUUCUAUCCAAAAGACACACACGCGUGCCUUCCUCACCAGUACCAUAUGAAUAGGUAGAUGAUGGUACAACACCUAGCUUCCUCUGAAGCCGAUGCUCUGUUAACUCGCCCGUUUUAGUUGAUCUGUAACGGCACAAUUCUUCAGCUGUUACUGACAAACUCUGAAACCAUUUUGAUAAUUUUGCCUGAGUAGUAAAAGCAGAAUCGGUCCCUACCCAGUGUGAAAUUGCUGUCUUCUCUCCCUGCAAAGGCUAAAGAUGUGUCUGUGAAACCCAACUUCCACUUGCCCAAGGGUGGUGAAACUUAUUCUGAACUGGAGUCCCUUCAUGGCAGCACACAGAACAGCUUUGCCACUGAGCCAGUUUCUACAUUUUCAUUUGUUUACACAAAAACUGAAGGAAGAAAAAAAAGACUCCUUUAUGUAUCUGAUCAGUGCAGGUGAAUAACUCCCAUGAUAAGGGGAAAGUCUUCAACGCCAUGUGCAGAGGAUUUAGAUGUGCAACUCCUGUUGGCAGCAAGGGGUAAUUUUGUGACUAAUCCACUAUACACACUGGUAACAAAUUUCCCUAAGGUGUUACUGAAAUUUGGAAGGGUGGGGGGAGAGCUUUUUUAAAAUCACAAUCCUCACCCUCCUCGCAGUUCCAGUCACCAACCUUGUUCAGACAGCAUGCGCUAAGCAGAAAAUAAUAUUUAUGAGGCACACAAGGUGGGUGAGGUACUAGUGUUUAUUGGAUCAACUUCUGUUGGAGAAAGAGAGACGCUUUUGAGUGUCGGAGAACUCGAACACUUGUCAAUUUCACCAACAGAAGUUGGUCCAGUAAAAGAUAUUACCUCACCCACCUUGUCUGUCUCAUAUGCUGAGACUAAUAUGGUUACAACACUGCAAAGAAUAGUAUUUAUUGUCAGUCUACUUGCUUAGAAGGCGUGAUACUAUUGGAAUGCUGGGUGCACUUCCAAGAUGUCUUUAUUCAAGCAAAACUCCUAUUGACUUAGGAGAGACUCUUUGGGCCUGUAUACACUGCAGCUAAGUUUGAGGACCCAGUUACAAUUGAGUUUAAUUUAGACUUAACCCUGAAAUGCAUCUGCGAACCCACUUCUGUAUCCAUGCAACAUACACCGCUCCCUGCACUUCAGGACACACUGUAAUUCACAGGAUCAGGCCUGUAAUUAUUAGACAUGCUUCUGUGCAUUCUGCUGCCAGAAUGGAAAGGUUUUAGGGUUAGGCCAAGAAUGUAGAGAUUGGGGCUACCCGAAAUUCCUUUGUGAAGUCUGCCAUUGCUUUGUAUAAAAAUUUUUAAUGCGCUUAUGAUUCUUUGUGCCCACAUAUGCAUAUUUUUGCAUGCUGAAUUCAAAUCUUUCAAUGCACUUUCAAGGAGUCUUAUGAUGUGUAAGGUAACAACUCUAAGCACAAGUGAUGGUGCAGAUGUUGGAAAGCUAACUCUGCAGACAGUGCUAGUGAAGGCUCGGAGUUGCUCAGGACGAUAGAAGAGGCUAGAUUCCAAAGGGUUAACGAAAUGUAAGUAGUAAGCACACUUGGUAGUGUUUUCAAAUACUCAGCCAUUGCCAAAAACAAAUAAAAAGUAAGCAGCACUAGUCUAUGCUGAGGACUAAAAUUUCCGUGUUUGAAAUGAAGCUGCUUUUUAGCUAGCUCAUAACACCAUAUUUAAGACCAAGUUUUCCUAAGACUUAGGUCUCCAUUGUAUUAAUAAGGGCAGCAUUGGUCUAAACCCCAGACAAACCAGGCUAAACGCGUACAUGCUGGUAUACCUGAAGUUCAGCAAGACUCCGCUAUAAUGGGUUUGGAGAUUGUAUGUUCUAGUUCAGCAUCUCACAAACUGGAGUUCACUCUAGGGGGUCCACAGCCCCGCUGAUCAACUCCUCCCCCUCCCUCCCAGUGCCUCCAGCAUGCCGGGGAAACUGCUGUUCAGCAGCAUGCAGGAGGUGCUAGAGGGAGGGGGAGGAGCAGGAGCAGGGACAGGGUGUGCUCGGGGAGGGGGGAAUUGGAGGGCAGGGGUGGAGCAGGGGCGGCAGGGAUGGAAUCGGGGCAGGGCCUGGGGCUGAGCGAGAGGUUUGUGGGUCCCCGAAAAAUUUUAAAAUCAAAAUGGAGGUCUUCAGGUUACUAAAAAGUUUAAGAACCGGUGUUCUAGUUUAUCUAGUAGCCUACAAGGUGAUAAAAUGCUUAAAGUAUCUCACAGAGACAGUUAGGAGAAAAAAGUAGCCAACUCUUUAAUAACACUGUUCAGUGACCAUUAAUUUGCAAGAUAUAUGUUGGUUACUGAUCUCAUGCAAGUUUGUCAAAAUGCAGUUCUGUUGCAAACCGGUGAUGAUGAACUUGCCUAGCAGAAGAAGCUUCCUUUGAUCUUAGUGAAUGAAUGUAUGCAACUACAAACUAUGCAUUUUCAUACAGUCAUUUAUUGUAUUUUGUAUUGAUUCAAAGCCAAAAAAAGUGUCUAGAUAUCAUCUUGCUCAUGAGGGCCCCAGCCUGCAUUCUUAACACACCCUGAAUUCCCCUUGACUUCAAAGGGAGUUUUGAGAGUCCAAGGAAUGAAGGAUCAGGCCCUAUUGUUUUCAAUGCAUGCUUCACUGGAGAAAUGAUUAGAAGAUGGCAGGAAGACAUGGUAUUACAUAGGACGUUAAACUACAGGCAGUUGCUUCUUCUGUAAUACAUGUCAAACCAUUCUGGUGAAUGCUUUUAUCCUUGUAAGAAUCAGAUGUGCUAAGAACAUUGUCGCUUUAAAAGUACAGUACAGUAACCCUGGACUACAAGUCUAAGAUGGUUUUUGCUUAUACACAAUCUAUUCAAACACAGGAUACCAAUAUAAAGACAGCAGUGGCGAUAUUUUUUUUAUUUAUUCAGAAAAGUAUGUGCUUCUAGGGGGUAUUCAGUUACAAUUUCAAAAACAACAUACAGAAAUGUUUUUAUUUUAUGGAUCAGCUCACUUACAAAUGUUGUAGUUUUUAUAAAGGUAGCAUGAAAACAUAUUUUUCAAGUUACAUCCAUAUUUCCUAUGUUCCUGUGUUGUAUGUGUAAUAUUCCCAUCCCUUCUAAAGCUUUUUUGUAACAUUAGCCACUAUAGUUUUGUUUUUUAGCAAAGCUUAUGUCUGGUCUCCAAUAUGAAAAUCAUUCUUCUUAGCACUACUGUGGCCCUGAUCCUGCAGCGUGAUGCAUGCUGGCCCUGUGCCAACACUGAGUCCAUUGAUUUCAGUAAGGAUGUGGGCCAACAUCUUCAGAUGGUAUAAACUGUCAUAGCUAUUGGAAGUAUGACCAUUUGUACCAGCUGACGAUCUAUCCCCAGCAAGGGCACAUAAAUCCAUCUGCAUAGACCCUCGAUGCAGUCAAAGGGGAUCUGUGGAGACCCAAGGUCUAACUAAACAUAUCACUGCCAGAGCAGGGCCUAUGGCAAAACUAAAAAGGCACUAUUACAUUUCUCUGCAAUCUUUGAUUGCCCUUUGGGUCUGACCCAGGGCCCACUGCAGUCAACGUGAGCCCUUCCAAUGAUUGCAGUGGGAGCAGCUCAGGCCCUCUGUCAUCAGUUAAUAUCACAAAAUUCACUUUUUAAAUAUGAGAAAAAAGAGCUUCCAACUCUGGCGCUAAUGGAAAUAUUGGAAACUUUUAAUAUAUAUUUGGGAAGUAUUUGAAAAAUAAAUUGUCUGUCUUUUUUAUAUUACAACUUUUAGCCAAAUACAAGUAUUCUGAUUACUACUUCUGUGGAUAUCUAUCCGACUGUAAAUAAUCUCAUAAUGUUCAGGUACAUAAACCUGGAGGGAAAAAAGGACUCUUUAUCAGCUCUGCGUUUUGCUCGCUAUUGGUAUAUUGUGUAUAUAUCUAGCUAGCUAUAGAAAAGGUAAUGUGUUUAAAUGUUGGGUGUUUUUUAUUGCUGUUCCUCUAAGGAAAGACAACUCUUUUUUUAUUCUACUUGUUUUAUCUUUUAUGAGUUAGAUGAAAAAAGUUUUCUAAUUUUUUGCACCAGAAAUGGAUAAAUAACUGUUGCUAUGUGUAUCAGGACAUUAAUUUCUGAUUGAAAAUGUAAAAUUAAAAUUGGCCAUAAUGGGCACACCAGUUAAAAUGCACUUUUCCCGUGGCACAGUGUACUCUCUCUCAUUGGGCUUUCAAAGGACCAUUAAAUGUUUACAUUUUUUUUGUUGCCCAUUACAGUUUCAAACAUUUAAAUGGCUUCCCUGAAACUAGAGAAAGAUCUCAUGCAUGGCCAAUAUACCAGGAUCCAAGAAAGGAUCAUGACAGUUAGAUAUAAUAAGGAAUUUGUACAAAUACCAUUUUAGUGAUCGUUUUCUAACAUUUGGGCUCUCAUACUUUGUGAUGCUUCGAUGUGUCAAUAAAUAUGCUCUUGCUUAGCUAGUCUAACAUCAUUGUAGACCUGUAAUUUACUGUUUAUGGUUAUGCCAUGAUUUGCACUGGUUUAAAUUCAGUCAGAAUGCUGGCCAUCCAGCCAAAAUAUUCAGACUGUUACGAUGUCCACAAAAUAUUAAAUAAAUGCACUUGUAAUUGAUUAACUACUAUGGAGUAUGUUCAACUAUUUCAUGUAAUAAAAAGGCUUUGUGUAUAACUUC